UGCGUUAUCGUCGCUGCUUACUGCUAGAGAGCAAGAGCGGCGUGCGCCCAGCCAGUGUGACACGGUGUGUUGAUCGGUGCGCGCGGUGUUAUUCAUUGUCGUCAUAAGAAAGUUGUAUUCGCGCCGUUUCAUCAGUCCUGAGACGACUCGAGAGUUACCGAAAGUGGAUGAAAAAUCAAAAAAUCAUCAGUGAAUUUAAUGAAAAAACACCCAGGGUGACGAUACCGUUGAAACUAGUGGGGAUAAAUUCACACUCAACUGCCGGAAUUCAAGUGAUUUUCCUCUUCUUUUUUCUUCUUCAAAGCCUAGGUGUAAAAAUUUUCUAGUGUAUGUGUGUGUGGGAGUGUGAGUGUUGAUCUUGUAGAAGAGCCAUCGCGUCGAAGCAGCGUUGCCCGCCGCCGAGAUCCUCGCGGCGUCACGAGCGCCCCAGUGGUGGCUCAGCGGCUGUUGUACGCGGCUCUCGCACGCGCCCCCGAGUGAAACGUCGUCCUCGUAGACAACUACCUCCAUUGUCGUCGUACCACUGCUGCCUUCUUCACAAGUUGUUUGUGUUAUUGUUGUGGUGAACAAAUUUAUCGAACCCAUUGUACUUGGAGUUAUUAACGAACAGUGAGUGUGUGUGGGUGUCUGUGCACUCGUGUGAUUCGACAUUUUGGGGGAUUUUUUUUUCCAUUUUUUUUUUCUCUUCCGUUCGUUCCUCGUUAAUUGUCAAAGUGCUCUGGAGCCAUCACCAGCUGUAGCGAUCGCCGUCGUAGCCUCUUGUCGCGGUAGUGGCUGCGGGGAGGAUUGCUUUUGGCAUAUCUGUGGGCCCCACAUAAUCGUUCCCACAAAUCCAUCGAGGAUGCCCGAUGGCUGAUGCCGCGGCAAAGCGUGUACGAGGACGCUUCGCGCGCCGCACUUAUUCACAUCAUUGUUAUUAUCACCAAUCGAGUUAUGAGAGUAACGCGGUGAGAGAUCAACUCCAUCGCGUGUCAUCACCUUGUUCAACUACAUCUCAUUACAUUUAUUAUUCGUCGUUGUCGUCGCGGCGGCCCAAGGAUUAAUAUAUCAGUGAACAACUUAUUGUCUGCGUACAGCAUCUUCAAGAUUAAUCUGAGACAUGGCAGAUCACCUAGUUGACGGGCCGCCUAAUAAGCGACCCAAACUGGGAGAUGGGUUUCAGGGACCCUCCGAUUCAGCCGUGGGUAUGGCGCCUCUAAUGAUGCACCAUGCUUAUACAAACUUCGGGGGAGGCAGUGGUAACUUACAACAAAUGCAGGGCCCGCCGCAACAACUACACCUGCAACAGCAUCAGAUGCAGCAUUGGAACAACAGUACUACCCAAAGAAGAAAUUACAUAACAAACACAGAUAUGUUUGAUCUUGAAAAUGACCUCCCCGACGAUCUACUAUCAUCGGGGUCCUGGGGUUCUGCAACGGAGAGCGCUAAACCACCAGCAACAGGUCCAGGACCCGGGCAACAGAAUGGAGCACUCGACUCGGAACUCCGUCAGCAUGUACAGCAACAGCAACAAUUAUCCCAUCAUCUUAUUCAGCAACAGGUAAAGGGGAAUAAAAAUUUAGUACCGAAUUCACUAGUUAUGACUGGUAAUUUGACCAGUAAAAGUCCGAAUAUGCAGUCACCACCGAAUGUAUCAGUCUCCAAGGGAGUGGUGGAUCAACAGAUGGUUGUUAAUCUGGGAAAUUUGCCCAGUAGUAUAGCGAGCUCACUGGCUAACAAUCAGAUGUCGAUUGUCAAUUCGAUGGGUAAUCUUCAGUCGUCGAUGAGUAUGGCCGGCAGUAAUCCAGCAAUGUCAAUGCCAGGAGGCAUGAAUGCUAGUUUAGUUAUGACGAGUAGUGCAACGGGCAACAAUCCCAUGGGUGGAAUGGCUGGUGGAGGACUCAUUGUGGCUAAUAGUUUGAAUAAACAGCCUCUAAAUACAGUAACGAUGAUGAACCCGAACUCGCAAGGAGUCCAUCAUCCCCAAGGUCCCCACGGUGUCCCCAUGCAGAAUGGCCCAGCAAUCCUGAACGCCCGUGCUGUAGCAAUGCAGCAACAACAGCAGGCACAAGCCCAGGCUCAGGCCCAAGCCCAAGCCCAGGCGCAAGCACAAGCCCAAGCCCAGGCCCAACAGCAGGCCCACCUGGUGGGGCAGGCAAGAGGCCAGAGUCCCCACCAAGUCCAUCAAGGAGGCAUUGUCGGUCCAGGCCAGGGUGGCCCAAGGAUGCAGCCACCCCCCAACAUGUCGAACAUGGCCAACAUGGGACAAAUGGCUGGCAAUAGUCCCUACGGUUAUGGUUCACCGGGAAGUGGCCUAGGUACCGGUGUCAAUGUACCAGCUGUGAAUCCUGUCUGCGUAGUUACCCCACUACAAAGAGGCGUUGGCAACAUGGCAUCCAUGCAGGGAAGAUUCAGUGCUCCUGGUGGUCCCAUUGGUGCUGGCAAUGUCAUUGGUGGCCAAGAGGGUGGAAUGGCCCAACAGGCACAACCACCAGCACCUAGUCCAGCUCAACCUCAAUCUGGUGCUCCAACUGGUGGCCAACCAGGCCCUCAACAAGCCACACAGGGACAAAUGGCUGGUGGCAGCACGCAGUCAGGUACACCAUCAUCCACUGCCGAUCCAGAGCACCGAAAACUCAUUCAACAGCAACUUGUAUUACUACUGCACGCACACAAGUGCCAGAUAAGAGAGCGUCAGUCAAACGGUGAAACAUGGAGAUGUACAUUGCCCCAUUGUAAAACCAUGAAAAACGUAUUGAACCACAUGACAACGUGUAACGAUGGUAAAGAGUGUCAAGUGCCCCACUGCAGUUCCUCGAGACAGAUAAUAACCCACUGGAAGCAGUGCCAGAGGAGUGAUUGUCCAGUUUGUCUGCCCCUCAAACAAGCUGACAAGAACAAAACAACAGCUGCUAAUAAUCGUGCAGCAGCAGUGGCAGCAGCAGCUGGAAAUCAACAGCAGGAGCAACAACAGCCACAGCCACCCCAGCAACAGCAGCAACAACAGCCACAGCAACAACAGCCAAAUCCAAGUCCACAAGACAUGAGAAGAGCCUACGACGCACUAGGGAUGCAGUGUCCCACGACGACACCUGGUAUAAUGCCAGGUCAAGUUGCAGGUCGUGGUGUUAGAAUGCCAGGACCUGGAAUGACUGGACCCACUGGGACCAUGACAACGGGAGCCAGACUCUCCCAGCCUCAGCAACAAAAUCCACCAGGACAAUCGAUUGUUGGUGCUAAUCAGCAGGUUGUUGCACCUAAUGUAUCACUUCCAUUGAGCUCAGAUCCAACGACAGUGUCGUCAGGUGCUGGUAACAAUCAGCCUGUCACAACGACAGGACAAACUGGGGCAGCAGCAGCUGCAGCAGCAAAUAUUCAGCAAUCUGUCAGCAGUAUGCAACAAUUAUUCGGUUUAAACGAUUCCGGACAGCCUGCAUUAUUGAAUGAAAACAGAUUAUCAAAUCUUCAAUUACCAGGUGGAUUGCAGCCCAAUCAGGUGACAGCAACACCUGUACAGGGGACCAAAGAGUGGCAUCAGUCAGUUACUCCAGAUCUCAGGAAUCAUCUUGUCCAUAAACUUGUGCAAGCGAUAUUUCCAGCCCCCGAUCCCCAAGCUAUGUUUGACAAGAGAUUACACAAUCUCGUUGCUUAUGCGAGAAAAGUUGAGGGUGAUAUGUAUGAAAUGGCUAACUCAAGGUCUGAGUAUUAUCACCUACUAGCCGAGAAGAUCUACAAAAUUCAGAAGGAACUCGAGGAAAAGAGACAGAAACGUAAGGAACAGCAGUUGGCACAGCAACAGCACCAGCCAGCAUCACAAAAUUCAGCUGGUGGUAAUUUGAGGCCAUGCGCACCACCAGCAGUGAGUGCAGCUGUGCAACCAGGACCAAGAGCUGUACCACCAAAUCUGCGAAGUCAUUCACCAGGCAUGGGACAGCUCAGUACACUACCAGGAAUGACAAUGUCCCACAAUAGAAUGACGUUUAAUCAGCCACCGCAGUCUCAGGCUCAAUCCCAACAGAAUCAGUCACAACUCCAACAACAACAACAGCAGCAGCAGCAGCAGCAAUCUAGCAUGCUUGUGGGACCACCAGGACCGAGUCCCAAUGGCCAGCCAACCUCCAAUCCCAAUCUGGUAUCCAAUCCCGGUCUUGUUCCAUUUGGACAGCAACAGAUGUCCCAAGGAAACUUAACGACAACGACAUCGUCUGCAACUACUAGUCAAUUUCCAACGUCAAAUGGUACAACAGGCCUUCCCAACAGUUCUCCAGUUCAAAGUCAACAUCAAUUUCCGGAUCUUAUGAAGGCAAGAUUGGCGGCCCAGCAGCAGGCACAGGCACAGGCCCAAGCACAAACUCAAGCGUCUCAGCAAUCAACAAAUGCCCAAACCCCAAAUACCAAUAUACCGUCGAUUCCCCAGGCACCAUCGCCCUUCAGCAAUAUGCAACAGCAGAACAAUCAACAGACGAAUCAACAAUUUGCUAAUACUCGACCACUGUCAGCAUCUACGCCCAGUGAUAAUGGCAUAUCUGUUGCAACACCACAGACGAUACCACCACCAGCCUCGAGUGGACCCAGUCCUGGGCCCGCUCCAACGACAAAUGGCCCUCAGUCUGUCACAUCAACACCCACAACACCACUCGUUCCAUCUCUGAUGACACCCAAUCAGACUGGUGCUUCGUCGAGUCAAACUCCCCCUCAUCCGGGCACAACACCUUCACCUGGGGGGCUUGCCAGCCUCGGUAAGGGCAUGACUUCUCAGGAGAGAGCUGCGUUGAAUGCUGGGAGAAGUUCAUCCAUGUCAUCCCAAAUGGCAGCAAUAACAGCAGCUCUUGAUCGUGAUAAUUCACCGAGUCCACCGACUAAUAAUAACAAGGGCAAGGGGCUUGAUUCUAUUAAAGAGGAGAAUAUCAAGAUGGAGAUUAAGCAGGAGGACUGCUCGGAGAAUCAUACGAUAGAUGGGGGUAAAAAUGUAAAUAAUGAUGUGACGAUAAAGACGGAAAUUAAGACAGAACCCAUGGAGGAGACCAGUGGUGAUGGGACGAUCAAGGAGGAGCCUGUUGGGAUUAAGGAGGAACCGAGGACGCCUAUGUCAGUGGCUGAUGGCUCAACUUCGGAUAUAAAGCCUGUUGUACCUGUGCCCAUAGAACCCAGUGGCACUUCCACGGAUAAAAGACGCUUGUGUUUGUUUAAACCUGAUGAACUGCGUCAGGCACUCAUGCCAACGCUUGAGAAAUUGUACAGGCAGGAUCCUGAGUCGAUACCAUUCAGACAACCAGUUGAUCCUCAUGCACUUGGCAUUCCUGAUUACUUCGAUAUUGUCAAGAAACCCAUGGAUCUGUCGACAAUCAAGAGGAAAUUAGAUACGGGGCAGUACAGCGAUCCCUGGGAGUACGUUGACGAUGUCUGGAUGAUGUUCGAUAAUGCUUGGCUGUACAAUCGAAAAACUUCACGCGUUUACAAAUAUUGUACUAAGCUGUCGGAGGUUUUCGAGACCGAGAUUGAUCCUGUGAUGCAGGCACUUGGGUACUGCUGUGGGAGAAAGUAUACGUUCAAUCCUCAGGUGCUUUGUUGCUAUGGAAAGCAACUUUGCACGAUACCGAGGGAUGCCAAGUACUACUCUUACAAGAAUAGUAUAAAGGGAUAUGGUUCUCUUUCCGACAGAUACACCUUCUGUCAAAAAUGUUUCAACGACAUUCCUGGUGACACUGUGACGUUGGGCGAAGAUCCGACCCAGCCGCAGACACAAAUUAAAAAGGAGCAGUUCCAAGAGAUGAAGAACGAUCACUUGGAAUUGGAGCCAUUCGUUCUUUGUAUAGACUGUGGAAGAAAAGUUCACCAAAUUUGCGUACUUCAUUUGGAGCACAUAUGGCCUCAAGGAUUUGCCUGUGAUAAUUGUCUGAAGAAAAAAGGCCAAAAGCGCAAAGAGAAUAAGUUCAGUGCCAAACGUCUACCAGUAACGAAAUUAGGCACCUACAUAGAAACGCGAGUGAACAAUUUCUUGAAAAAGAAAGAGGCACGUGCUGGUGAAGUUGCUAUACGUGUUGUUGCAUCUAGUGACAAGAUGGUAGAAGUUAAACCUGGCAUGAGAAGUAGAUUUGUUGAGAACAAAGAUAUGCCCGGAGAGUUUCCAUACAGAGCGAAAGCGCUGUUUGCAUUUGAGGAUAUUGAUGGUACUGAUGUGUGUUUCUUUGGAAUGCACGUUCAAGAAUAUGGCAGCGAAUGUGCAGCACCUAAUACGAGGCGAGUGUACAUUGCGUAUCUUGACUCUGUUCACUUCUUCUAUCCAAGGAAUUGUCGAACAGCUGUUUAUCAUGAGAUUUUACUUGGCUACCUCGAUUAUACGAAACAACUUGGAUUCACAAUGGCUCACAUCUGGGCGUGCCCACCAUCCGAGGGCGAUGACUACAUUUUUCACUGCCAUCCGCCAGACCAAAAAAUCCCAAAGCCCAAGAGACUGCAGGAGUGGUAUAAAAAUAUGCUGCAGAAGGGAGAGAAGGAGAGGAUAGUCAUUGAUUACAAGGAUAUCCUCAAACAAGCGAUGGAAGAUAAGUUAUCAUCAGCAGCAGACCUGCCCUACUUCGAGGGUGAUUUUUGGCCGAACGUAUUAGAAGAGAGUAUCAAAGAGCUCGACCAGGAGGAAGAGGAGAAGAGAAAGCAGGCUGAAGCUGCCGAGGCAGCAGCUGCUGCCAGCGCAAUUUUCUCAAUGACUGACGACGCUGAAACUGGCCCCGAUGGCAAGAAGAAGGGCCAGAAGAAGGCGAAGAAAUCCAACAAAUCCAAAGCGAAUCAACGUAAAAAUAGUAAAAAGUCCAAUACCCCACAGACUGGCAAUGACCUAUCAGCCAAGAUAUUUGCAACAAUGGAGAAGCACAAAGAGGUGUUCUUCGUUAUAAGGUUGCACAGUGCCCAGAGUGCUGCAAGUUUAGCUCCAAUUCAAGAUCCAGAUCCAGUGAUAAAUUGCGAUUUAAUGGACGGUCGUGAUGCAUUUCUCACGAUGGCAAGAGAAAGACACUACGAAUUUUCUUCCCUCAGACGAGCUAAAUUCAGUUCAAUGUCAAUGCUAUACGAACUUCACAAUCAGGGACAAGAUAAAUUCGUAUACACUUGUAAUAAUUGCAAGAGCCACGUGGAAACGAGGUACCACUGUACAGUCUGUGAUGAUUUUGAUCUCUGUAUUAGUUGUAAAGAAAAAGAUGGGCAUGAGCAUCGAAUGGACAAACUUGGCUUUGAUCUCGACGAUGGAUCAUCAGCAGCUGAUGCUAAACAAACAAAUCCUCAGGAAGCAAGAAAAUUGUCAAUACAACGUUGCAUACAGUCCCUGGUGCAUGCGUGUCAAUGUAGAGACGCCAAUUGCCGAUUACCAAGCUGUCAGAAGAUGAAGAGAGUUGUUCAGCACACUAAAGUAUGCAAGAGAAAAACAAACGGUGGCUGUCCAAUAUGCAAACAGCUCAUUGCCCUGUGCUGUUAUCACGCCAAACACUGCCAGGAGACAAAGUGUCUUGUACCAUUCUGCUCGAAUAUCAAGCACAAAUUGAAACAGCAACAGUUACAGCAGAGAUUACAGCAGGCUCAACUAUUGAGAAGACGAAUGGCUGUGAUGAAUACACGUCCAACAGGUCCAGUCAGUGCUGUACAGCCAGGCCAACCGAGUACCUCGAACGUUGCUAUGACAGCUGGUGUGGCAAUGAAGCCUGGUGUAAGUCCAACGAAUCUUCCAUCACCGCAUCAGCCAGGUAUUGGCUUGAAGCCAACGACACAAACACCUCCAGCGCACGUACUACAAGUGGUAAAACAGGUUCAAGAAGAGGCUGCAAGACAACAAGCACCACACGUGGGUUAUGGAAAAGUCACUCCUGGUGGUGGAGUGGGAGUUGGUGUAGGGGUUGGAGUUAAUGCACAAGGUGGAGGAGUGAUGCCACCCCCUCAGAUGCAAAGGCCAAUGCCAGGAUCACUUCCCAAUGCUGGUGGUACUCACCUUAUCUCGAUGGACCAGUGGACACCGAGGUACCAACCUAAUGCUGUUAUGCAGCAGAAUCCUGGAUUGAGACAACAGGCGCCCCAACAACUGAUGCAACAACAGGGUCACCAGGUCCAGCAAGGGAUGGGAAUGGGUGGACAAAUGCCGAGACAAGGUGGUGUCAUAGGUGGCCCAGUUGGUCAAGUGCCCCAGAAUCAAGUAGGUCCUGCUAAUAAACAAGCCCUCCAACAACUCAUGGCAACCCUCAGAAGUCCAAGUACACCAGAGCAACAGGGCCAAAUACUCCAAAUACUCAAGAGUAAUCCACCCCUGAUGGCGGCGUUUAUAAAGCAACGACAACAGCAGAGCGGACAACACGCUGGUGGAGUUGGUCCAUUGGGACAAAAUCAGCCACAACAGCAGCAGAAUACAGCUGGUUUGCAGCACAUGAUGUCGCAGCAACAGCAGCAUCAACAGCAGCAUCCACAAGGGAGAAUGCCGAUACAGGCGAUGUUAAAUACUCAACAGCAGGGCCAGCAGGGUCAGCCACAGGGUCAGCUUGUGGGCUCUCAUGGGGGACAGGUACCAAAUAUACCUCAGCCCCAGUGGUACCAGCAGCAGAUGCUAGCCAUGAAGCAGAGACAGCAGCAGCAACAACAGCAACAACAGCAGCAGCAGCAUCAGCAACAGCAGCAGGUGCAGCAACCCCAGCAACAAGGCCAGGGCCAACAGUUCACCCAACCCCCUGCACCUCCCUAUGGACAACAGAGGCCCAUUAGGCCGUCUCACCUGGGCUACGGUGGCUUCACAGAUCAGGGAUAUGGACAGCCUGGCUUGAAACCAACACCACCACCUGUCCCAUCGCCCCAAGGUGUCAUGGGGCCACCUGGUAUCUCAGUACAACAGCAAUUAAUGCAGUCAGUACGAUCACCACCUCCGAUACGCUCGCCACAGCCCAAUCCAUCACCCAGACCGGUGCCAUCGCCCAGAAAUCAACCAGUACCAUCGCCAAGAGCUGGCCCAGUACCUUCACCCCAUCAUCAUCCUGGCCAUGGUACACCAACUCAUUCACCAGCUCAUGAACUUGGUGGACCCAGUGAAAUGAUGCUAUCACAACUUGGUGGUGGUUCACAAUCCACUGGACAUCCAGCCACAAUGCCACAUCAUCCAUCACCAGCACCACCAACAACAAGUGGCGCUGAUGCUGGUGAUGUAACACCUAUGACACCGCAGGAUCAACUCUCCAAAUUCGUCGAGGGAUUGUAGUGACUGUUAUCGGUAUGACCGGUUAUAAGUGAUAAUCAACGACGAACAAAUCAGGAUCACGAUACUGGUAAAAACCACGUGCUGUGAACACUAAUCGGGGGGGAAAAGAAAAAAAAUAUUUCUAUGGCACGAGAUUUUAGACAAUACGUUCAAAUUUUUCAUUUUAAUCUGUUGAAUUUGUGCGCGAUCGUUAUCAAUCUCGUGAUCAUUGCCCCUUAUGUACAUUUGUACACUAAUUACUUAUUACUUUUUAUUUAAAGAAACAUGAGAACUUUUUUAAACGUAAUGAAAUCGUUGAGAGGACUGCGCAUACGUGUGCCAAGACUGUGUUAACUUCCUCUCGCGAUGAUAAUUUCCGAGCCAAGAGUCAAUGCACGUUACUAAAUACAAUUCCCCUCGCUCCCCCCACCCCCGGUGAACAUCUCUGACUUGAAAAGAAGAGUUUAUUGGCCGGUGUGAUGUAAUUAAAGUAAAUUUGAGUUAUUAAAACGGCAGUAUUGAGCUCCUGUUGUUGAAUCAACGAACUCUCGGUGUUGGUGAGACGUGGUGCGGCUGGUUAAUUUAAUUAAUUUUUUUUUUUUUCAAGGACUGAAUAGAGAGAAAAAAACAUGAACUAAUAAAAUUUUUUAACACAAAAUGAGACUAUCUCGCCAACUAUCCCAACUCCAUGAAUCUCUCCCUGUUGCUGUCUGUUUCCACCUGAAGAUUCAUUGAAAUGAAGAUGGAGAUGAGAAAAAUGAAAGAAAAUGAAAAUUAAAUUGGAAAUAAAAGUUCCUCGCUACCGCUUGGUUGCGGAAUCGAGCGAAAUCGUACAAAUGUGUUGUGUAUACUUAACGUUAAUUAAUAUUAAUGAAAACAAAGAAGAAUAUAGUAAUAUAAAGAUGAUACGGUGAGGAUAUUGAAGAAAAAAUAAAUAAUGUUUUUUUGAACACUUCCCGCUAACCAAAUCAUCUCUGUGACGAUAAUAUAUAUGCAUAUAUAUAUAAAUAUAUAUAUAAUGUAAGAGGAUAACUGUCUGUUGCGUACGUUUGGUAACGCCAGAGUUUGUAAGGUGCAUUCAACUGAAGCCGUUCGUUUUUUUUAAGCACACGAAGAACAAAAACACACGUUUUCUUUUGUGAUUUCCAUGAGAUGAUGACGAAAUGUAUUUUAUGUCGCUGCAGUUGAGUAUCACAUGAGCCCCAAGUGGAUGUUUAUAUCUUGAAAAUGUUUUUAAUUCUCAUCACUUUUAAUCCCCAAUAGAAUAAACAAAGUGAAAUGUUAAUCCCUCGUCCCCUUCUCCUAAACAAUCGUUUCCCUAAUUAUGUAAAUGUGAAAGAUGCAGCAUCACACGUGUUCAUGGGAUAAUCAACUGAUUCAGUAAUUUAUAUGGAGAAGAAAAUGAUUGAUGAGAUGAUUUGAGUGAUUAUGAAAUAAUGUGAAUCGUGUUGAAUGUGACGAGAGUAUUUUUCGUUGAUGCCACUGAUAAAUGUGUGUAUAGACCAAUCAAAAGAGGAAUGAAUAAUAAUAAUUGAGGUGGCUAAUGCGAUUUUGUGAGUGAAUUAGUUGAGUGGAACUAUUGACGGUUUAUUAAACUGAUAACCGAAAUAUGGUGGGUGUUUUAGUAAUGUGAGAGAGAGAGAGGAGAGAAUUAUAAAAUAAUUGAAAAAAAAAACUGCGCGUAAAUCAAAUGAUGUGUUUGUACGCGCACUAUUUAUCCCUACACUGUACAUACAAUAAUAUUAUCACGAUAAUAAUAAUUAUUAUUAAUUUACCUGCCUAUGAUAAAUUUAUUGAUUAUCCAUUAUUAAUUAUUGAUAUGAAAAUAGGAUAUUGUAACGUUUUAAUAAAUAAAUGAAGAAAAGUAAGAAAUUCAAAAUGGAGGAUUUACACGCGAUUGAAAUUCAAUUAUUAUUGUAAUAUUAUUAUUAUUUUCAUAUCUGAGGAUGUGAGGCUAAAACGCUACGUGAUUAUGCCAGUGCUGUAUCAUAGAGAAAAUACUUUAAAUGUAUUGUUUUUUUUUCUUACCAUUUUAUUGUUUUUUUUUCUCUACUGACAUACCUAUUUAAUACUAAUUAUUGAAGACUCGUCGGUAAUUCGUCCAUCGUGUUGAACGAGAAAAUCGUGUUUUUUUUUUCUCAACUCGUGAAAAUAAAGAAAACUUCUCAUUUUGAUGAUUUUUUAUUUUUCUUUUCAUUUUAAAUGCAGCUCCUUCAAUUACAUUCUACAACGUUUUUCCAUGGAAAUUGUAGAAUAAAAAUUGAUAAUUGUAAAAAAAAAAGUAUAAUGAGAAGACAAUUGAACGCCUCCAAUCAACUGAAUCAUCUGAAUUCAUGUUCUUACUCUGAUUGUUGAAGAGAUAAAUAAGAUUCGAUAACAUGUAUUUUGUAAAUAUAAACGCGUGAGAACAAAAAGGGCCAAUUUUCCUGAUAUAAAAAAAAAAUGGUGGGGUUUUACUUGGGACGAUUGAAUGUCCAUAUGACAGAACGGUGUAUUUUUCAUCGGUAUAUUAACGUGAAAAUUAUGAGUACGAUUGAGUGAAUAUAACGAGUGAUUGAUCAUUGUAGAAAAGUGAAUAAUGAAUAUGACAAACAUGAAAAAUUUUUUAAAUAAACCCAAAAGUAUUUGGCUUAGUAUGGCUGUGUCUAGGGCAGUGUUGUAAAUCUGAAGAUUGGGGAGGUGUGGGUGUUUAGAUAUUCAGUAGAUAAACUGUUAAGGAAUAAUGGAGAAUAUGGUGACAGAAACGAAGGUUCGAAUGCUACGCGUACCAAAGCUGUACCACCGUAUUUAAUAAUCAAUAUACGAAAUAUACGAUGCAGGGAGUUUUGAGUGAAUGAUGAAGAGGUGAUUUUUUUUAUCAUCACUGAUGUUCUUUCCUUUUUUACUCCGUCAAUGUGUCAGUGCAUUGAUGUUGGCCUAUACUGUACGUAAAUAUUGAUAGUUUAUUGAUUAUCAAAUGGCAAUGUGUAUCGAUAUUUCCAGCAUCAGUGAUGGGUAAAUAACGUAUGCCUAUUGUUCAGUCAAUUCUCCCCCUAAUCUUCGUUACCUCGAGGAUUCUCCAUCAAAUCCCACUAAUACUGACGUCAAAAUCAUGGAUUUAUACUUAAAUGCGUUGGUACACGUAGCCUUUGUGGCAAUUUGCUAUUAUAUUAACUAGAGGUGAUUUAUACAAUGCUAUACAAAUAUAUAUUAUACAAUUGUUUUCCUUCAGCUCUUACUCUAUCCCUUAAAAGCGUCUUUUUUUAUAUUAUUGAGAGAAUUGUGGAGAUAGAUGACAAUGAUCUAUUCGUAUGUGUAUAAUAAAAAUAAAAAUUUGAUUAUUGAUUAA